AUCUCAACGAUUUCACGGCGCGCCGCGGGGCGUCGCGCCGUGCGGCGACUUUGAACAGCUGGCGGGGCAGCAGGCGGCGGUCGAGGCGGCGACGCCGGCGCGGCGAGGAGGUGGCCCAGGCGAGGCCGCCACACCCGACGGGCGUUGAGUGCGUGUUCGCCAGAGUGCCGCUGCUGCAAAGCCCGCCUGGCGGCUCCUCCGCUCUGCUUCUGUUGUCGCCGCCUCCGCUGUACGGGCCGGCGACCCUCACCGACAAAAUCAGCCCGUCGUCCCUGACCGACCUUCGAAGAAAGCCAGCACUUCGGCGGCGGCCGCUUGCCUUUCCCUUUUCGAGACGGGACUUGGCGCCGAAAUCCACGUGUUGACCCGACCGCCUCGGCGCUUGCUGUGGGCUUACUAGACGCGCGCGGACCCGUCUGCAACUGCGCAUUCCUCGCCGUGGCGCCUCUGUCAUCUCGCCCUGACGCGAGUGCCGCGCACUUUGAACACGCCGUUCGGCUGCCGGCCCCGACCGUCGUCGCAACCACCGGUGGAGGACCAUGGAGGUGGCGCCGUACUUCUUGCUCCUGCUCGAGCUGUUGGUCGUCGUGGGGCGCUGCGUGUUGUCGGUGCUUGUGUACAUGCUGCGACUUGUGGUUCCCGCGAGCCGCAAAUCACUGCGUGACAAGCACGUGCUCGUGACCGGAGCCGGACACGGGCUGGGACGCGAGAUCGCCCUGCGCUGCGCGCAGCUCGGCGCUAAGCUAAUCCUGCUCGACAUCAACAAGGAGAACAACGACGCGGUGUGCGAGGAGCUCCGCCAGCUCGGGUUCGAGGCGCACGCGUUCCAGUGCGACGUCACCUCCGAGCAGCAGGUGGAGGCCGUGGGGGACCAGAUCCUCAAGACUGUCGGGCCCGUCGACGUGCUCGUCAACAACGCCGGCAUCGCCAUGUGCAAGGGCCUACUAACGCUCAAGCACAGCGACAUCCGCAGAACGUUCGACGUCAACACGCUCUCGCAGUUCUGGAUGGUCAAGUACUUUCUGCCAUCCAUGAAGGACAGAGGAAGCGGCCACAUCGUGUGCAUCGCAUCCGUGGCUGGCCUCCUGGGAUCGCCCUUCAUGACUGACUACUGUGCUUCCAAAUUUGCCGCCCUGGGCUUCAUGUAUGCUCUGGAGGAGGAACUCUUCCACACGGGCUUCGAGUUCAUCAAGCUCACCACCGUGUGCCCCGUCUUCAUCAACACCGGUCUCUUCCCCAACGUCGGCGCCAGAUUCCCGCUGCUGACGCCCAUCAUGGACACCCGAGACGUUGCCUACCAGGUGGUGGACGCCAUCCAGCGCGACGAGUCGCUAAUCGUGGUGCCCCGCAUAGUCGAGAUCAUGUACAAGUGUCUCAAACCUCUGCCGGAAGAUGCGCAGAAGCUGAUCCAGCGGUUCCUCGCUUGCUCCAUCCAGAAGCCGAGUGCGUGAUGGCGGCACCCACCUAAGCUCUCCACUAGGCACAGCCGGCAUCAUCAGACAUGCACAUCUAUCCAUUCGCUCGUCUCCGGCGGUCCUCCGCCGCAGACGAACCAAAACCGACGACUAGCGAUGUUCACCGAACUGGCCAAGAAGAAAGCGUCGGCAAAGACGCCGACGUGUGUGCUAAAAAGACUUGGGAAAAAAACUCGCGCCCACUAGUUUUGUUUUCUGUAUCGCGUGAUGCCGAUAGAAGAGGUGUACUGCUCGGCCAUCUCUCGAUGCGUGCGUGUGACUGUGGCUUGGCCGCGCCUGCUUCGAAAUAUCUUCCUCGCUGUGUGCAUUGAACCAGCACACGUGAAAAUGUGUUUGUACUUGUUGUCGCGUGGUGCUCGAAUGAAAGAAAAUUGCGCGGAAAAAAAGUGUAUGGAUGUACUCGUAGUGUUUAGAAGGAUGGAAAUGUACCUUUUAAGUUUAAGACGAAAACGGAGUUCAUCUAAAUAAGGCGAUAAAAUGAGGGUAGCAUUGUGAUUUCGCGCUUGCGAAUUACGAGCCGGUUUGUGUUUAAAGCUUUUGUAACAGGGUAAGUAGCUUGAAGAACGUAUGCCACAUAAGACGAAAGCCUGUCGAAUCUUUCCGUUGUAGAGUUAAGGAGCUGUGCCGUGCUUUAGCCUCUAGGAGAGCUUACUUAUAUAUCGAGAUUUAUUUUUCUUUAUUGAUCUAGUUUGCACAUAUUGAUUAUGAAAUAACUUUCCGUUUUUAGUACUUCUCAAGCCAAAGCGACCAAUAAACGACUCCUGCAUCACUGUACCUCACCACAUAGCUGUCCCUCAAGCAUUACGAUCGUCAUCCGCCAUGUAACGAUUUCCAAUAACUAUGGAGGGGAAAUGGGGGUGCGCCGUGAUAUUACGCUCACUUUUACUAGUUUCUGCAAGUUGUUCAGUGUCUGACCGCGAAAGAAUUCUGCGCUUUCUCUAGCACAGCUAGGACCUCGAGUAGCUUUUAGCAUUCGCCGCGCAAAACCCCGGUGAAAACCCGAUGAAAACCCCGCGCAUGCUAUCGGACAGGGACGGCGGAAGCUUUCUUCCAGAGGCAUAGCUAUUAAAAAGCUAGGGAACGAUAACUUUAACAAGUUUAAUGCCGUGAAUAUUUCUUUUUUUUUUUACAUAAGAUAACACGACGCACUUCUUAGCCUAGCAGCUCUCGCGUUGUUUACUUUCUUCGGCGGCUGAUAGUUACAAAAUCAGUUUGAGGUAUUUUCAACAGUGGCCCGGAAGAAGUGUUGCGCCAACUGCGAAGCAACGCCUGGCUCAAGAGGACGCAGGUCAAGAGUCCAAGUAGAAGAAAAAAAGAUUGGGAGAGGGGGAGAGAGGCACUGAAGGAGGGCAAAUAAUGCUGAACACACAGCUAGUGCUUUUCGAAAAACGGUAACUUCUCAAUCUGUUCUUACUUUGAUACUUUACAUCGCGGCUGUAUAUGCAAAAGAAAACACGUUUAUUAGAAAGGUAAUUCGGUACCAACUAAUGAGGUGGUAUGGAGUGAUUCGGGUCUCGUUGCCGUGUUUUUAAACCUUAUUUUCUUUCGCUUAGGGUGCGAUUGCUAUCCCCUGCCAGCCGUCAAAGAGAAGAGGUGCAGCUCGCUGUAGGGUCACAGAAGCUUCUCGCCUUGUCUGUAGGACGGAAGGUGCCAAAAUUCUUUAAUCAAUAUAUGCAUUUUUGUCUGGCGUAGCGGCUAUAGGGCAAAGCUUUAGGAUCAGUAGUGAAUGACUUACACAGCGCAAGUUGUAAGAAGUGCGCCUGCGGUACAGUGCAAAGCAUAAGGCGGGAAUUGAUUUUAAUUGUAUACUUGUGUGCUUCUUAUUGACGUUUCGAUGUAUUGAUGGUUUAUCAGCACUUAAUGCAGGUUCUGCGACGAACGCCUACUUCCACUAUCGUUUCGAGACCUCGUCACGGACAACUAUCUCCUGCGUUUCCUUUCCUUGAGUUCUUAGAAAAAGCAUGGUUUUUCUGUUUAUCAUGUCAAGUAAAAACUGCGUCAAACCCCAAUUUAGAGCAAUACCAAAAGCAUUUCUGAGUUAUCCCGUGCUAACUUGUACAGAGCGCGCUUGACGUAGUCACGAACGAAUGAGUGAAAAUAUUUGACAGGGUCCGGCUGGAUUCUAGGAAUGCGGCACAUGUCCCGUGAAAUAAGUUUUUCUUUUUUUUUUAAUCUCCUGCGGCCAUCAAAUCUUUGUAACAAUUACGCUAUGCCAUGUUUCCGGGCAACUGAAGCAUUUCAACUGAGAAGAAUCGCUUGCUGUCAGCGUCGGAACUCGCUAGCAGUUUCCCCUUUAAAUGUGAAUGAUACCUCUUUGCUCAGACAGCAAUUUCCAGGUGCAUGUCGUAAGCGAACAAAUCCAAUAACUUUGUUCGCACAGGGGAAAAAAAAAAGACGCUGACGCCGAUGUGACAGCCCAAAAACUUGUUCCGUGUGGCUCAAUAUACCCAGUUGGUACGUUCUCCGGGUAUAAUUUCGUGAGUCAUUAUAACACGUUAUCGUGUCAAUAAUCGAAGCGCCUACAUAUCAAACAAUCUUUUCACCUCAGGCUCGUCGCAUAUGCCGAAAAUGUGCAGGCACAUGUAGAAAAGAGCGACAUAAUCCUCAGAACUGCCUAAAUCGGCGCUACCUGUGCUUUGUGUUCUUAUUGCUACAUGCAGUCAUAAACCAUAUUAGGAUUGAUUAUUUCUCUCUCUUCAUACUCCAUGAAGUAAAAUACAAAAGGGUGGUUACAAAAGCUUCGUAAAUGUCAAUGUCUACAUUUGAGUCUUCUGAAUUAUCUUCGUUCACAUCAUUUUCUAUGAGCUUUUGCUCUCAGCAUUUCGCGUUCGCAAUGUUGUUCUAUUUGGAACGCACUGCGCUCUUGCAAAUGGAAAUGUGAGCUAUUUAGUUACGCCUCAGGAGAGUGUCUUUUUUUUUUUUUUUUUUUUUCAUACGGCGCAAGCGCCAGCGUCGUCAACGUGAGAAACUUUAGCCUUUUCGCAGGACCUUACUCAUGGUAGCAUGGAGCUGUAGACUUCAGUGUUUUCACUUCGAUAUUUGGACGCCCUUGUGUGGAAUUAAUUGCUGAAGGGAGGAGCCGCUUGUACGCGCCGCGCGGGGAAGUCGUGGCUAUCAAAGUAUGCACAAAACGUAGCCCGAUCUCAAAGAUGUGUCUAGCUUGAUUUGGUGCUAGAGCUUCGUUUUAAGCUUAACUCGAACAAGCCUUUUUUGGGUGCUAAGUGAAAGGUCCCGGGUGGUGUUGGAGGACACAGUUAACCGUGCAAGCAAAUGUGCACCUGCAAGAAGUUGCUCGUGAAUUCGUUGUAUAGCGUAGCUUUCGCGCCGAUACGGAAUGGUGGGACAACAGGGCUUUCGUUCAGUGAGCAACUUUACUGUAAAAUAAGUUACACCCUUAAAAGUGACGAAGUGUGUAAAUCAGUCUAUAACUCUCACCCUUACACUCAAAAAGGGUGCAAUGGUGCGAGUUACAGACCAAUUUACACCAUUAUUGACUUAUAAGGGAGCCAAUCAUUUUGCUGUGUUUCGCGAUUAAGAUUGACCUCUCUUGGAAGCAAGUGGAGGAGAGGUCGUAGUAACCAUUCCACAGCGAAGCGGUUAAAGGGAGUUCCACGACGGCUAUUAGGCAGACGCGGUGCAAGCUGACGGCGGCAUGAGGCGACGUUAUCGGCGUCAACUGUCGCCCUGUAAACAGCCUGCGUCGGAGACCGCGAACCGACCGUGUGACCACGGGUGCUACUCUGGAGAUUGGCGAAGUGCGCCAUAUUGUCGAAUUGGCCAUCGUGUCAGCUCCGAUUGCCCCAGAGGCAUGCUACGGCCUCUUUGAUUGGCUCAAAAAUGCCCACCAUAUUACCGAAUGUGGAAAUACGCCCGAUACAGUCGAACGCCUUUGUAAAGUAGUGCGUGGGGCCUCCCCAAAAUCAUUCGUUAUACAGGACACUCGUUUGUAAACGUCGUGCACCGCGCAGCUCAAGAUAGAAGCGGGACUAGAAUGAUUCCUUCGUUAUACAGGUAAUUUCGUUGUAGAGGCGCUCGACUGUAAUUCGCCGAUGUUCUAAAUAGCACCGCAGGUCUCAAAUGAGAGCGCUCAGCCGUACGCUGGCGGCGGUGAUACAUAAUCAGCAAGUGUCAGCAACACAGCCUUACCAGGUCGUCGGAAAGCGCAGCCGGCGCAGCAUACAUGGAAUUGUGUCGCAUAUAGCAGGGUAUAGAAGUGCUAAGCUCAGAAUAAGUGAAGUGCUUGAAAAGGCUAUCUUAUAUUAAAGAAUAUGCAAUAGUGAAGCCUUGUCAAAAUCUUGGUCGAUUACGAGCAGUGGCAAACCAGGCCCCCUAAAGGUCCCGAAAGGUGUCGGAACUUCCUUAUACAUCUUCGCUUUAUUUCAUGUAUGAGUUGCUCGGAUUGGCGUACAUUUCCGAAAUUGUUUUUGCCUCCUGCUGUGUAGUCAGCACAUUUAUUUCUGCACAGUGCUACGUUGCUGUUUAGCUUGCAUUGUAUAUUCUUUGGGGGUGACGAAUGUUUAUGCAUUCUUUAUUUGAUGUUCUCUCAAACGCUGUUACCUUACGCACACAACGAAGUAUCUUGUUACGGAGGUGGGCAGCACUUUCAGAUUGAGUUGUUGAGAUUGUAUCGAAUAAAAAAACAAACAAAUGAA